AUGGAUGCCAAUUCUGUCGGCACUGAUGUAUCUGCUGAUCAUGUCAUUGCCGAGUUGCUUGAGAUGGGGUUUGAGUUCGACAAGAUCAGCGAAGCCAUUGGGGUUGUCGGUCCAUGCCGUGCUGACGUGGUGGAGUUUGUGCUGAAUGGUUCUGGUAGUGUACAAAGAAAGUCAGGUGGGGGGUCACAAAGACGCUCUUCUGACAGGAGUGCUAGACUGGCUAAUCCCAGGGGGAAAUUGAAGCAGUCUAGCAUUACUGAUCAUAUCGCGUCAACCACUGGCAGUAAAACCGAGUCUUGUGGCGAGGAGCCAAGUACCUCAUAUUCUUGUUUAGCGGCCAACAUGAACCCUGCAUCAACUGCUGCUAUCUGUUUAAAACCAAAGCCUGAACAUCAGAUUUUGGUUGAUGAUCCUAGAGGCGAGUUUGACCGGACCGACAAAAUUAGUGCUAUUUUGCAAAAGCAUUUUGGAUUCUCCUGUGUGAAGAAUUUCCAAAAGGAAGCCUUGGAUGCUUGGUUUGCUCACAAGGAUUGUCUUGUUCUAGCAGCAACUGGAUCAGGGAAGUCCCUUUGCUUUCAGAUUCCAGCUCUUUUGACUACGAAGGUUGUGGUGGUGAUCUCACCCUUGAUUAGUCUGAUGCACGACCAGUGCCUAAAACUUGCAAAACAUGGGAUAUCGGCAUGCUUCCUUGGAUCAGGGCAACCAGAUAAUCGUGUUGAGGGCAAAGCGAUGGCUGGCAUGUAUAAGAUUAUUUAUGUUUGCCCCGAGACAGUUUUAAGACUGAUGGAACCAUUGAAGAAACUUGCAGAAAAACCAGGGAUUGCACUUUUUGCCAUUGACGAGGUUCAUUGUGUUUCUAAAUGGGGUCACGAUUUCCGACCCGACUAUAGGAAACUAUCUGUGCUUCGACAAAAUUUCUGUUCCAGCAAAUUGAAGUUCUUGGAACAUGAUAUUCCUUUGAUGGCAUUGACUGCUACUGCAACUCUCCCGGUACGAGAAGACAUUCUUAAGUCCUUGAAAAUGUCAGGACAUACAGUGGUUGUCUUGACGUCCUUUUUCCGACCAAACCUUCGAUUUAAUGUAAAGCACAGUAAAACCUCUGCCUCAUCAUAUGGAAAGGACUUUCAAGAACUAAUAGGGACUUACAACGCUUCAAGGAAUUUCAGGGGGAAAAGCCAGAAAAUUCUUCAUGAAGUUGAGCCUGAGUCUGAAAGCAGCUCAUACGAGUCACUAGACGAUAGUGCAUCAGAUGACGAAGAUGCAAUUUCUGAUAAAACUGAACUUGCCAAGUCUUUCGUAAAAGAAAAUGCUGAACAUGAGCUGGAUCAGUAUCCAGGAGUAGAUGAUUUUGAUGUUUCAUGUGGAGAGUUCCUUGAAAGCUCGCGACCUGAGAGCUUUGCAUUUCCUGUUCAAUCCGUUGAAACUAGCUCAUCAGAAAGUUUGGAUCAAGGUCCUACAAUUGUUUAUGUACCCACGAGGAAAGGAACUGUGGAACUGGCUAACUAUCUGGGCAAAUCAGGCCUCAAAGCUGCAGCGUAUAAUGCAAAGAUGCCUAGAUCACAUUUGAGGCUGGUGCACGAGCAGUUCCAUAGCAAUGCCUUAGAGGUUGUUGUGGCUACUAUAGCAUUUGGCAUGGGAAUCGACAAAUCAAAUGUCAGAAGAAUUAUUCACUACGGUUUACCGCAGAGUUUGGAAGCGUAUUAUCAAGAAGCUGGUCGUGCUGGUAGAGAUGGAAAGUUGUCAGAUUGCACUUUAUAUUGUAAUUCCAUGAGAACACCGACACUGCUUCCUAACAAAAGAAGCGACGAACAGACAAGGGCAGCAUAUAGAAUGCUACGGGAUUGCUUUCACUAUGCUUUGAACACUUCAACAUGUAGAGCCAAAAUACUAGUAAAGUACUUUGGUGAGGAAUUUGGUUCCGACGGAUGCGAAAUGUGUGACGUCUGUAUUAAUGGCCCUCCUGAAAUGCAUGAUUUCAAGGAAGAAGCAGUUGUGUUCAUGAAUGUGCUCCAAGCUCAAGCUGGACAGGCAACUGAAGGCAUGGACUACAACAGUACAGACUGUUAUACAUCUGGAAGGCGAAAUAUUGGGGCGGUGCCUGAUUUCAGAAUGGCAGUCAGUUAUAUAAGAGAGAAGAUUCCUAGGUUUGCCAUGACAGACAAGAUAUGGUGGCAAGGGCUUGCUCGUAUUUUAGAGGACAUGGGAUACAUACAGGAAGCAGCUGAAAUUCCUCGUGUUCUAAUCCAGCAUCCAGAGCUGACAAGAGCUGGAUUAAAUUUUCUGAGUUUACAACCAGACGAGGAAGGCUUAUAUGCAUACCCUGAUGCCGCUACAUUACUGGCGAUUAGUAACCCAAAGUCCUUCUCUUCCUCCUCGGAGUGGGGCAGGGGUUGGGCAGAUCCUGAGAUACGCCGCCAGCGUCUUGCAGGCAGAACGGGAAGAAGGAAAAGGAAGAGGGGCUCUCGGAAGCAGCCCACAGGUUUCACCACUGCAAAAGAAAGACUAUCAGCAAUACUGUCAAAGUCGAAACGCAGAAGGUAA